AAUGUUCGCGCAUGCGUAGCACAGUUUACGUUCCGGUGGUGGGGAGGGUCUUGGACAAUAAUUCAGCUUGAAAGGGUUCACAGCAUCAAACGUCACGAUUUAUUUUGAUUUAUUUUAUGCGUUUGUUCGCGCUUCCCUUCGGGAUGAAUGAACGCAAUUUUAAAAAGCCGUUGGUUCGCGAUAAAGUGGACAUGUCAUUAGAUGACAUAAUUCGGUUGAAUAAAAAAGAGCAACACACAACAAGGAAACAACCCUACAAAAGUCAACAAACACGUCGUCGGCAAAGGACUCCUGUAACACAAGGAAACAUGAAAACUUGGUCCAUAAACAACAAUGGCGGCGUGUUCCGAGGUGGAGGAGGAGCAGCAACUAAAUUAAGAACUCGGGUCAUGCCAGGUGUGCAGAGAGGUCAGGGGGUCGUCACCCGUCCGGCAGCUCGAAAGAAUACGACCCUCCUCAGGCGACCCAGUCAGCAAAAGAGCCAACCUUUUUUUCAAUACAAUCACCGCAUUGAAGGAAAUGUUGGGACUUCUGCUUUGUACACAAAUGUCACCAACAAGGACUCCAGUGGAACGCCAGUCAACAGACCAUUUCAACUGCGGCAACGACAUCUUCCUUCCGUGCAUCAGACGGAUGCACGCCAGGCAACAUUUCUUCAUCACAGAGGACUCAAGGUGCAAACUUUGGCGCAGGAGCCAAAUUCUCACACUCUUAACAUCAGAACUCGACCGUGGCGGGCAUCAACAAGUAGCACUGGAUUCUUGACUGUUUCCAUAGACAAUCCCACGGCCAUGACUCAGCCUGAGCCUCCUUCUGCUUGGACUCUGCACGCCAUGACGGCUCGCUUGGCCAUAAGUAACGUGGAAACGUCAGAGAUGAAAAUUCCAAAGGGAGUUCCUCUCAAAUUUGACAUCAACAGUGUUGGGAAACCACAAACGUCAAUGACUUUGAAUGAAAGAUUCCGCAUCUUCAAAGAACGACGUUCACAAAUAAGUAAAGGCAAAAGAUUUGUUAUAGUGGACUAGGCUUCAGGAAGAACGAAAGCCCACAGAAGCCCAACACUUCUCCAUGUGCAGACUCAUUUACUCAACCCCCCCUAAGUGUCAACUGAGAACAAAACACAACGAUGUGGAUUCCUGUAGACAUUUUAUACAGUUUUAUGUACCUUCAACCAUUGAUGUUUCUGUUGCUGAUGUACUAAGAACUGCAAUGUCCAUCUAUCCAUUUUCUGUGCCACUUGUCCCCACGGGGGUCGCAGGCGUUCUGGAGCCUAUCCCAGCAGUCAUCGGGCAGUAGGCGGGGUACACCCUGAACCGGUUGCCAGCCAAUCGCAGGGCACACAGAGACGAACAACC